AUGGCCACCCAAAGAAUCAUCUCGGGCGAGAAGACCAUCCUCGAGAAAGAUGACAUCGUCGGCGCCAGCCCAGCAGCCGGCACGAAGUCCAACAUCGCUCCCGCGGUGCCCAUGGACGUGAUCGCGAAGCUGCUGGCCUUCACGUUCGCCAUGAUCGUCGUGCCCAUCGGCUCGUACUUCCUGACCGUCAACACCGUGUUCAAAGGCAACUCGACCUUCGCGGGCGCCACGGCCGCCAUCAUGGCCAACGUCGUGCUCAUCGCCUACGUAAUCGUCGCCAUGAGGGAGGACCAGUCGGAGCAGUUGGAGAAUAAGGGUAAGGAGGGCAAGAAGGACCGCUGA